AUGGCAAAGACGUCAUCAUUAUUUGUAUUGGUAUUUUCAUUGGUGUUGGCUCUGCCAUUGCAUUCAGUUUUGGGUCAGGAAGAGGAAAAUCCAUGGAAGGAUCUGAUUGGGCAGGGAAGUUUCUCUCCAGAUAGUUUUGACGCGGCCAGGAAGGCUUUUGGUGGUUCCUCCGAAGAUUCUGCAAAUGAUUUGUUUGGUGGCUCUGAUGACGAUGGCGAUGGCGAUGGCGAUGGCGGUGAAGGUGCAUCUUUGGCUGACAUUUUGGAUACAGACAACAAUACCAGCACCGACACGGGAAUUUCACCGGCAGGGUCAACGCCAGAUUCACCCGUUGGGGCACCCGAUGAUUUACCCGUAGAGGGCGUGUAUGAUGAUUUACCCGUAGAGGGCGUGUAUGAUGAUUCACCUGUAGGAGCACCAGCCGAUUACUCCUCCCCUGUAGGGGCACCACAAAAUUCACCCCAGAAGGCACCAACAAACAAUGCACCAAAUGGAGCACCGGCAAAUAAUGCACCAUUAAGAGCACCGGCAAACAAUGCACCAUUAGGAGCACCGGCAAACAAUGCACCAAACCAUGCGCCAUUGGGAGCACCGGCAACUAAUGCACCGUUGGAAGCACCAGCAUCAAAUAAUGCACCAUUUGGAGCACCAUCGACCUAUGCACCAACAGAAACACCUACAUCGGCACCAACAAAAACACCCACAUCGGCACCAACAAAUGCACCCGUGCAGGCACCUACAGGAGAGGAAGGAGGUGAAUGGGCACCGAUACCAGCGAGUGGAACUCCAGAGGAUCCUGAAGGGGCACCAAGUGAGGCACCUACAGGGGGACCAGAUGAUGAAGAUGACGACGUAGACGAUACAGUAAAAGCACCCACAGUGGCACCUCAAGAGGAUGACUCCGAAGCAGCAGAAUAA